AUGUCGGGAUUUCGCUAUCGCCCAGAGAUCUUGGCUGGGAUGCCAAAGGAGGAGACCGAGUAUCUCAAGCAGUAUGAGGAUUGGUUCAUCCUCGAGGCAAAAGACCUGAAGCGGAUUUCAGAUCAUUUCGUGACGGAAUUGGAGCAAGGUCUCACCAAGGAGGGAGGGAAUGUUCCCAUGAAUAUCACCUGGGUGAUGGGAUUUCCAUCCGGCCAUGAGAAAGGUCGAAUAUUGACACUCGAUCUGGGUGGAACAAACCUGCGUGUGUGCAGAGUCUGCCUGUGUAACCGCAAGAGAGACUUUGAACAGAUCCAGCGAAAAUUCAAACUCCCAGACGGAAUCAAGUCGGGUACGGGGGAACAACUGUGGGAUUUUAUAGCUGGACGGCUGGAGUUAUUCCUGCAGGAAUAUCCGGCUGACACAGAGGGCAUCAUGCCAUUAUCCUUCGCCUUUUCCUUUCCGGUGGAGCAAAGGUCCAUCCGAAGUGGGAUUCUGCAACGUUGGACGAAGAACUUCAAUGUGUCCGGAGUGGAAGGACAAGAUGUGGUUCCACAACUCGAAGCCGCUUUUCAGCGAAAGAAUCUCCCGGUGAGAAUAGUAGCGAUUCUCAAUGAUACGACCGGAACCCUGAUUGCAUCACACUACCAGGAUCCCCAAGUUAAGAUUGGGAGUGUCUUCAGUACAGGGUGCAAUGCCGCUUAUAUGGAGGAAUGCAAGUUGAUCCCAAAGAUUGCGGAGGCUGGUCUGCCCAAUACGGCCAAGGUCAUCAUCAACACCGAAUACGGUUCAUUCGACAAUGACCGGAAGGUCCUGCCCUUGACCCCAUUUGACCGGCAAAUCGACCAAGAAUCAGUACACCCGGGGGCUCAGAUCUACGAGAAGAUGGUCUCGGGGCUGUAUAUUGGAGAGAUGCUGCGGCUGAUCCUUGUCACACUGCACGAGGAAGGCAGACUUUUCAAGGGCCAGGACAUCACACGACUUCGAACUGAGAAUUCGCUCGAGGCGUCAUUUCUGUCUGUCGGGGAGCUGGAUUUGUCAGAGGAUCUUGAUGCCAUGCGCGAAGAGUUUGAAAACACCCUGAGUCUGACACCCGCACUCAACGAAUUGAAGAUUUGUCGAUAUCUAAUCGGCCUCGUCGCGACACGGGCUGCGCGUCUCUAUGCCUGCGGAAUCGCGGCCAUUUGCAAGAAAAAGAACAUGCGAAGAUGUCAUGUCGGUGUGGAUGGCUCGGUGUUCAACAAAUAUAGUGGGUUCAAGGGAAGAGCCGCACAGGGACUUCGAGAUAUCUUUGACUGGCCACCCGAUGAGCUAGAAUUGAUUGCACUUAAUUCGUCCGAAGAUGGCUCUGUUGUUGGAGCAGCGUUGGCUGUGGCAUUGGUUUUGGAAGGAGAGGAAAAGGCCAAGCCAUUGUUUUAG